AUGCGUGCCUUUUUUGUGCAUACCGCUCUUCUGGUGCUGUCAUUCAGCGUUGAAUCCUUCGCAUGGGGCGAGCAUGGCCACCGAACAGUCGGAUAUCUAGCCCGCUUGUAUUUCACCCCUAAUGGCGAGGCACUCUUCAAUGAACUCCUUGCCCCUACCGCCAUGUUUGAUAUAUCUGAUGGUGCGGUCUGGGCGGACGAUCAUGGUGUCCAGAUCCGGAUGCCUUUCUCAAAACCAUGGCAUUACAUCGAUGCAAAGGAUGAUCCCCCAGACAAUUGCACCAUAGUGUAUAGUACCGACUGUGAUCCAGAUAAACAUUGUGUCAUAGCGGCCAUCGUGAAUAUGACCUCUCGAGUCAACAAUCAAGCACUCUUAAAGCAGGAGCAGAGCAACGCCUUCAAAUUUCUGCUCCAUUUCCUGGGGGACGUGACACAACCUCUUCACACCGAGGAAAAAUGCAAAGGCGGCAACAAUCUAAUGGUCCAAUGGGGCCCCUUAAACUCACCACGGGAAAAGCUCCACCAAGUCUGGGACUCUCUAAUAAUCCAGAAACUCAUCGGCUACAAAAGGCCUACAAGCCCGGAUCCUAAUAACGUCUACGACAAGAGCCUGGCCCGCACCUGGGCUGCAGAACUCAAGACCAGAAUCGACGCUGGCUUGCUUGCCGCCCCAACCGCAUUGGAAUGCAUCAACAUCAACACCCCCGAAAAAUGCGCGUUGAAAUGGGCUGGAGAAGCGAACAAGUUAAUAUGCUCGUACGUACUGAAAGAUGGAAAGAAUCUCGGGCGUGAUAGGAACAACGAUGACUGUCGGUGGGAGUGGCAUGGUCCUGAGGAUGUAUCGAAAGAGUAUUAUCAAGGCGCGGUGCCGAUUGUCGAGGCACAGAUUGCAAAGGCAGGAUACAGACUAGGUGCUUGGGUCAAUGCUUUGGCUGAGCAGAGGAGUGUGAUGAGGAGGAAUGGUAUUACGUUUGACGAGGGUUCGCUCCGGGUUCAGGGGCGGUUGGAUCUCUGA